AACCAACCGUCCGACAAACCUCUGCAUACUUUAUCAGUACCCCCUGCAGCUGACACAGCACAUACCCCGCAUCUCAAAACCGUGAUUCUUGCUCGAAAUCGCCAAGCCGCGCUGUCAUUACUUAUACCAACUCGCAAGCAAUAUCACCAACACACUGCUACUCAUUCAAGAAUCCGACCAUGUCCCAAACCGUAGCAGACCAACAACCCGUGACCGACAACAUGUCACUACGCGACAUAUUCGACACGAUGAAAAAGGCCCCAGACGGGCGAGGCAUAAACGCAUUGGGCUAUGACGGUGUGCUCCGCAGUUUCGACGAGGAACGUAAUGUCGUCGAUGCAGUUGGCCUCAACCCAAUCCAGAUCAGAGAGUACUACGAGAAUUUUCCGCUACCUAAACGAUUCCUCGCCGCCGACGGCCGCAACAUAUCUCGUGAGGACAUGUUCAACCCCGCUGCGGAGAACAUUCCCAGGAAGCCCACAGAGGAGGACAUAGCUAAGAUGAAGGCCCAUAAUGAAGAGUUGGAAAGGCGCGGAGUUACAUGCUCUAUUCCGGCGAAGUCAGCCGACGACAGCGAACCGUCCAAGUCACUGUGAGCUGGGCAAGUCAGCAGGCGACGGUGGCCCGAUUCCAAGUGGGUUUGCUUUGAUCACUGCAGAAGUUCCAAGGUCUCAAUCUCGCUGUGCUCCUUUUGAGUAGUUGUCUGGUAAUACUACGCAUCAUACAUAAUUCCGUUGGUUCUCAAAGCCAUUUGCAGCAGCGUCAUGGCGGUGAAGCCGCCGCGAGCCC